AUGUCGCGAGUCACUGACGACGUCCCCAAGAGAAAUGAAAUGAAAAACAAGGAAUAUCGGAAAAGCGCGGUUAGGGCUAUAGACAGUGUGGCGAUAAGGCGCGAAAGUGUUAGUCACCAUUCAGUAAUGAUAACCAGACCAUUCCUCACUCUUAUUUAUCUCUGUCUAUUCUAUCUAUCUAUCUCAGUCUGUUCAUAUCUAUCUCUGCUUCUAUCUAUCUAUCUAUCUAUCUAUCUAUGCCUGUCUAUCUAUCUAUGUCUGUCUCUAUCAUUAUGUGUGUGUGUGUCUGUCUAUAUCUCUAUGUCUCUCUCUCUCUCUCUAUCUAUCUAUCUAUCUAUCUAUCUAUGCCUGUCUAUCUAUGCCUGUCUAUCUAUCUCUAUAUAUAUCUAUCUAUCAAUCUAUGUCUGUCUGUCGCUAUCUUUAAGUGUCUCUCUGUCUGUCUAUAUCUCUAUGUGUCUCUCUAUCUAUCUUUCUCUCUCUCUCUCUCUAUCUAUGCCUGUCAAUCUAUCUCUGUCUGUCUAUCUAUCUUUAUAUCUAUCUAUCGAUCUAUGUCUUUAUCUUCAUGUGUCUCUCUCUGUCUAUAUCUCUAUGUGUCUCUCUGUAUGUUUGUCUAUCUCUCUCUCUCUCUGUAUCUAUCUAUCUAUCUAUCUAUCUAUCUAUCUAUCUAUCUAUCUAUCUAUCUAUCUAUCUAUCUAUCUAUCUGUUCCUCUAUAUAUCUCUCUCUAUAUAUCUUAUAAUUCUGCUUGA